AUGUCAACAAUUGGACGUACUUUAAAGAAUUUGAUGAAGGUUGGACCUGCUAGCUACAUGAAGCAAUUAGAUACCAUUUGUGAUACCAAAUGGGGUCGCCUUGUAGGUACCGAUGUUAACGGUAACAAAUAUUUCGAGAACCUUGACGAAGUUUCCGGUCGUGAGCGUUGGGUUGAAUAUGCCAGUAACCAACCUGACAGUGGAGAUAUUACUCCCGCUUGGCACAUGUGGUUGAGUCGUAUCGUUCAAGAGCCUCCUACCGAAAUGAACAUUCAACCUCAAAAGUGGUGGGGACAACCUAUUCCCAACUUUUCUGGUACUCCCAAGGCCUUCAAGACCUACAAAAUACAUUCACUUUACAGAUCUUACCUUCGUAUUGUUCAGGAAUGGCCUCAAGAUAAAUUAAGGCCUAACCGAGGCAUGAAGCAAAUUCUAGCCAAAAAAGUAAAAGAGACCUUUCGACAGCCCCAUGCCGACAUUAAUGUAGACAAGGCACGUGGAGAGAUCAAGGCUUUGGAAGCCUUAUUAGAUAACACUUUUAAAAACAAGUACCCCAUAUCCGAUAAGAUUCUUACGCCAGCAGGAAACCCGAAUUAUUAUUCCAAAUUAGUCACGUCCUUGGAAGCAACCUUGGAAACUGGCAAAGAGAAAGGCAUUCUAGCUAAGCUUUUUGGAAAAUAA